AUGUCAUCUGGCGGAUUGAUCAUGGAUAAACCGUCACAUGCAAUGUCAUUUUUACCCAUUAAAACUGAAUUGCAUCUCAAUCCACAAAAUCAUAUGAAUCAUACGCAGAACAUGUCAGCAAUGGAUUUACUCGCGUUGGGGCAGCAUUUUCAUCAUGACAUGCAGCAACCCCAGCAGCAUUAUUCUGAAGUUACUUCUACCUCGAGCACUUGGGAUCCCACUGAACAUUUUGGCUCAUUGAAGGUUUGCUCUUAUGAGGUAGCUAAGAACAGUUCAACACCUUAUACGGAUGCUACAAACUGCAAGAAGUCAAGCAAUCAUAUCAAACGCCCAAUGAAUGCAUUUAUGGUUUGGUCACAAAUGGAGCGUCGCAAAAUUUGUGAAACUUCACCUGAUAUGCAUAAUGCAGAAAUUAGCAAGCGGUUGGGUUUACAAUGGCGUCAAUUGUCAGAUAAUGAGAAAGCACCGUAUAUAGCGGAAGCAGAACGGUUGCGCGUGAUGCACAUGAAAGAAUAUCCAGAUUACAAAUAUAAACCACGAAAAAAGAUAAAGAAAGGUGUAGAGGGACAAGUUUCUCUAACCAACACCUGCCAUUUGCCAAGCCAAGUGGGACGUCAAAAUGGCAUCACUACGUCGACUCUUGGCGUCAAUCGAGUCAAAACUCAAAAACGAAUGUUGAGUAUGUCGGGAAACUGUCAGGAGGAUGUAAUCAUCCCUCAGCAUCCACAGUUUCCCGGUAAAUCUAUGAAAAUUGAACAUGAUGGUAUCCGUUACAUGAAUUCUAUUGUCAAUGACUUGAAACCAUCUCCAGUAGCAAACAUCGUUAUAAAACAGGAAAGGCUAUUUCAACAACCCUUCCCUUCACCAAAUGAUUUUAUGAGUACACCGAUGACUCCUGAAAGUGGUUUCUAUGACGAUUUUUACGGUUCAGUACAACAGCAUUCUAGUACCCCGCUUUAUCCCUGUUCUACAGCUAAUGUGUCGUCGCAACAUCUGUUAAUUCCCUCUACCAAAAUGAGCCACGUGACUGAAGGGAAUCCUUCUUCUUACAGCGCAAAUAACAAUUGCACACCCUCGAUGCUGCAUCGUCAGCAAAUCUCUUCAUAUUAUCAGCAGCCAUCUACAGGACUUUCACCUUUGGCUGUAUCAAGCGCGAACGCAGCUAUCGCGGAUCAGGAUGAGUUACGUUCAAUGUCCAGUGGAUCUAGCAGUGGGCACGGAAGUAUUGGAACCACCGGUGAUACAGAAUCAGCCACUACCUCAGUACCUGUAAUUAAUAAUAUUAAUAUGCAUCCAUCUGUCUGUUCCUUAUCUUACCGUCCUUCAGCUGCGCUUAGCGAUACUUUUGAGCUUUUUAUUCCAAAUCAGCGAGCGCCUAAUUAUUCGAAUCUUUCACAUCCAGAUACCGAAUUCUUACCAUCGAUCAGUGACUUUCAAUUUCCGACUGCCAUGAAUAAUAUGUGGCCGGCACCAAUCAAUGCAGAUUUUUGGACUGCUGCAUCGAUGCAUGCCAGUCAUCACUUUAACCGAGCACCUGUUAAUUAUGAUGCUUCUCAUUGCAGUGGCAUGUAA